CUCUGCUCAGCUGGAGCUCCAGCGCCGCCCCGCCGUUUAGUCCGGCCAAAUCAGAAGGAGGAGCCCAUCGCAGCCCAUCAGCGCGCUGCCCAGUGUGGAGUGUCUCUCCUUUCACAGCGUCUGUCCAGCGAUUUAGCACUGUACUCACAGUCCACUCUAAUGGCACAACUGAUUCACACGGCAGCGCAGUAAGAGCCUUGAGCCGAGCCCGACCUGCCCUCAUCUACCACUGAGACCCUCCAUAAGAAGCAUGCGUCUCCUUAACUCACUCUAAACCGCGCUGUUUUGCUUCUGUCUUCUUCCCCGAUGUAAAAAAGGCUCGUCUGCCGACUUUAAAGACACCUCGUGGACUACGCUUCUGGUCCAUUUGAUGUUUAUGUUGAAGCCCACGCCGUUCGCCGUUGCUUCUCAUGAGUGAUCUGUAGGGAAGCUCGUGGGUGAGAUCAGCUUGGCACAGGUAGCUUCUUUAGAUGCCCCUCACGACGAUGGAAGAAGAUAUGAAAUGGAAAGGCUCGCGCCAGGCAGCCGGGGAGAGGACUUGCAGCGAGCAUCCGUGCAGAAGGAGCUUUGGGACGAAUCGCAUGGACGUGUGCGCAGUGGCCGUCAGCACGGCGCUUUCUCUCGUGGCGUUUGGGAUUUGCGUUUUGGUCUACCUGAGAACCUCGGAGUUGCAGUCCAGACUGCUCAGCCUGGAGAAGCAAAGGGAUCCUGAGCUUUCGGGCUGGCUCUCUCUCGAGCAGGUGGAGCCCAUUCUCUUCAGUCGUUUGGAUCAGAUGCUGGAAGAGAAAUUAGCGUCUCGUCUACCGAAAACUCGCGAGACCCGAGAAGCCCCCCACAGCUGUCUGUGCCCACCAGGACCUCCUGGUCCUCCUGGACGAGCUGGCUUUCCGGGAGACAAAGGAUCAAUGGGCAUUCCUGGAAGAAUGGGCUUAAAGGGAAACACGGGGGAAAAGGGAGCACCAGGGGAGCCAGGUCUGUCUAUCAUUGGCCCACGGGGACCUCCUGGGCAGCCUGGGACUAGAGGAUUUCCUGGCUUUCCGGGUCCCAUCGGCUUGGACGGGAAACCUGGGCAGAAUGGCCUGAAAGGGGAUAUGGGUCCCCGUGGUCCCAAAGGACUUCCUGGUGAACCAGGUCCAAAAGGAGAGAAGGGCGUAUGUGGUGAUUAUACACAUCGGAUGUUGCCCAUCACCGUGCGCAACAUGCCCUCAAUAAGCCCUCUAAUUCUAAAGCGCCUGAAGCAGGGCGAGCCUGGAGCGCAAGGACCUCCAGGCCCUCCCGGCCCUCCAGGGCCCCCUGGCCUGACUGGUGCUAGUGGACCACCAGGAAAACCUGGAGAACCUGGAAAACCUGGAAAAGACCCGAGGAUGCUGCCAGGAAUCAAGGGUGAACCAGGUGUACCAGGACAAAAGGGCGAUCGGGGUGAGACAGGCCUAAUUGGAUCUGAGGGCCCCAAGGGAUCCAAGGGGGAUCAAGGGCUGAAGGGUGAAAAGGGCGAGCCUAGCUCUUCAGGAAUUGCAGUGAAAGGAGAACCAGGAGCAUCAGGAUUACCUGGACCCAAGGGUGAAAAAGGUGAUCAUGGCAGUAAGGGUGAAGCAGGACCUGAAGGCCCAUCUGGACCAAGAGGUCCUCCAGGUCCAACAGGAGAACCAGGAAAAACUUUAAUCAACAACAAUGAGAAUGACAUUCGUAAUGUGCAUUUAAUGGGCCCACCUGGUCUACCUGGUCCUCCAGGGACUCCUGGGUUACCUGGCACCAAGGGUGAAGUCGGACUUCCUGGUCCUCCUGGUCUUGAUGGAGAAAAGGGUCCUCGGGGGAAACCAGGAGAGACAGGGCCCAUUGGCCCAUCAGGGCCUGAGGGGCCACGGGGAGAGGGCGGAGUCAUGGGCUUCCCUGGGCCUAAAGGAGAUAAAGGGGAUAUGGGUCCUUCUGGAUCACCUGGUUUAGAUGGCCCUACUGGCGAAAAAGGGGUUGCAGGGUCUCCUGGCCCCAUUGGAUUACCAGGCUCAAUGGGUCAGAAAGGUGAAUCUGGAGAGAAGGGAGAAACAGCAGACUUGGUCUACGGGCCUCCAGGACCUCCAGGGCCUGCAGGGCCAGUUGGGCCAGUGGGACCUCCAGGAUUGCCAGGGCCAAAGGGGGAGGCAGGAGUGGGUCUGAGAGGAGAGAAGGGAGCUUCUGGACAGAAAGGAGAAAAAGGAGACAGGGGCCAUCUUGGACUCCCUGGGGCUCAUGGUUUAGACGGCAAGCCUGGUCCAGUGGGUCUAAUAGGACCGGCUGGUAUGCCUGGACCAGCAGGACCAAAAGGAGAAAGGGGGGAGAAAGGAGAUAUGGGAGUAGCUGGACCAAUAGGGCCUCAAGGCAUCCCUGGUUUAGUAGGACCACCAGGACUAAAAGGAAAUCGGGGGGAGAGGGGCAAAAGAGGCAACAGGGGGGCCAAAGGGGAUAAGGGAGACCAAGGAGCCCCUGGAUUAGAUGCCCCCUGUCCAUUGGGUGAUGAUGGUCUACCAGUACCAGGGUGUUGGAAUAAAGGUCAGAAUCCUUUCCAGCUGGCUAAGAAGUAACACUACCAAGAGACCCACCUGGUUCUUGUGCAUCUUUGUUCUAAGCUACAAAAGGAAACUUGAAGAGAUUGUAGGAGAUCUUUGAGUUCUGCUCUGUGGCAGCUGUUUGGUGGCUGUUCCCAAGGGCUACAGCAAGCCCAGGAUUACUGAGAGACUCCACAGAGGGGUGUAAGUGAGCAGACUUGACUUUUAUAGGACCUCCAUAAGGAGUUUUUAUUUUGCCAUUUUUCUGAUGAAGGCUUCACAGAAGAAACGGCUGCAAUGCAAAUAGUGUAUCACUUUCUCCAUGUUGUAUACACUUUUCUUUCUCUUUAUUUUGUUCACUAUGUGAAAAACAGUGUUUUGUAGUAUUGUAUUAUUAUAUAUAUUUUUUUAUUUGACACCAGUAACUGUGAUCCGAGAAUUCAGCGCAGCUCACUGAACAUGUCAUCUCAGUGUUCAUGUGUUUCCAGACUGACAAACAAAAAAACAACCACCAAUCUUUUGAUGAUUCCUGAUUUCAGUUUUUCACUGCCUUUUGUCAAUGUGGGAGUGGCAGCAAGUGCCUGUGCCUUUACUCACACUUUGACAGCUCUACUCAUUUCACAUCCAAAUGUAUUGAAAUGUAUAUACAGGAAACACAAACUGUUUCAUAAUAGAAUUAUAAUAAAUAAAAUAUCUCUAUUUUGACAUAUUAACAAAGAUACCAACAAAAUGGCAUUAAAAAGUAGAAAGAUGUGCAGCUUUAACAUAUUUUGUAUAAUAUAUAAAUAUGUUCAUGAAUUAUUAUUGUUAUUUACAUUUGUAGAGAAAUGUAAAUAGAGAUGCAGUUAGUGUUGAACUUCUAAUGCAGUUACUAUCAAACUUCUACAGUAUUUCUAUACUGGUUUAGAGCUAAUGUAGUACUUACAUGCAGUAAAACUUCUAAUGCAGUUGCUGUGGAACUUCUAAAGUUGUUCUAUGCAAUUUCUAAUGCAAUUACUGUAGACCUCUGUAGAACUACAUGGUAGCAUUUCUAACGCAUUUAAUAUAGAAGUACAUCUAUACUGUGGAACUUCUAAUGCAUUUAUGGUAGAAUUUCUACAACUGGUGUAGAACUUCUAUAGUGCUUCUAGGCAGAAAUAAUGUUUAAUGCAUUUAUUGUAGAACUUCUGCAGUGUUUCUGUGCUGGUGUAGAACUAUAAUACUUCUAUACAGGAAAACGUCUAAUGCAGAUAAUAGAGAACUUCUACAGUACUUCUAUACCAUACAACGUCUAAUACAGUUACUGUAGAACUAGGUGUUAGAACUUCUAAUGCAGUUAAUGUAGAACUUCUACAAUAUUUCUUUACUGUGGAGCUUCUAAUGCAAUUAAUAUAGAACUUCUAAUGUGGUUAAUUUAGAACUACUACAGUAUUUCUAUACUGUAGAACUUCUAAUGCAGUUAUUUAAAACUUUUAAUGCAAGUUAUGCAGAACAUCUACAAUAUUUCUUUACUGUGGAAUUUCUUAUGCAGUUAAUAUGCAAUGCCUAAUGCAUUAAUGUAGAACUUCUACAAUGCUUCUAUACUGUCAAACUUAUAUUGCAGUUAAUGUAGAACUUCUAAUGCAGUUAACAUAGGACUUUAAAGGAGUUAAUGUAGAAUGUUUAAUGUAGUUAAUGUAGAAUCUCUACUUUAUUUCUAUUACUGUGGAACGUCUAACACAGUCAAUAAAAAAACGGCUUCCAUACUGUAGAAUUUCUAAUGCAAUUACUGUAAAACAUCUAUCUUACAUCUAUACUUAUGCAGACUUUCUAUAGUACUUCUAUAUUGUAAUACUUUUAAUGCAGUUAUUGUUGAAUAUUUACCAUACUUCUGUACUAGUGUAGAAUUUCUAUAGCACUUCUAUACUGUAUAACAUCUAAUGCAGUGUAGAGAAUGCUAGAGUAGAACUUUUACAGUACUUCUAUAAUUUUGAUUCACAUAUGCAUUAAAUAAACAUAACAGAUCACAUUUGUAUUGAAACAUAUCAUGGCAUAGAAAGCUGUUCUAAACAUAGGAUAUUUAUUUUGGUGGGCAGCUAAACUGUGUUGAUUGAUUUUGAACAAUAUUUAAAUUGUCCAUGAAACAUUAGUUUUACUGUUUAUUUAAAAAAAAUACUAUUUCAGCCUUCUGGCCACAUACGUGUUUUGUGAUUUUUAUUUUUGUUGAUCUUUUAAAAAUGUGUUUGAAGUUUUUUUUUACAAGUUUACUUUUUAUGGAAGGCCAAAGUGAAGCCACAAGUUCUGUUUAGAGGCUCUGAACAGCUGUUGAUGCAGUAACAGCCUAUUUUUAGUUGUCUGGUACAAAGCUAUUAUUAUCAAAGCCACAGAUGCAUGUAAGCCAUACACACAUAGUCACAGUACAGCUCAGUACAUGACAUUAUCACAUCAACUCUGCCAUAGUUUUAAACUGGAAAAAUCUUUCACUUUUCAAUACAACACUGUGACUUGGUUAAAUGUAUAAAAGCUGGACGGUGGAGAAGUUUUUGUUAUGUUGAUAGACUAAUGCACAGAAGCAUUCCUUAUGUCAUAGUGUAUUCUGACAGCUGUUCUUAGCUCAAGACUUCAUCCAAUGUACACAGCGCUAGUGUUUGAGACUUGCAGCUCAGAUGUUUUGGUUGUUUUUUUUUUUUUUCAUUUUGUUUCAGAGAUUAAAUUCCUCAAAUAGCAAAACUGCUUUAACGUAAGCUCACGAUCAGACAUUUUAGCAAAACAAAUAAAUUCUUAGGGCUUUAAAUGCAUUGAAAACAAAGGUAUGGAUAAAAGUCUCAGCAAUUCUUGGAAUCUAAAUUGUCUAUUUCAAACAAUCAGUGAUGCUACAAAAACUUUCUUUCAAACAGCUUUGCAAAUGCCUAUUUAUGGCUUAAAUGUGCUUCAGAUAUAUUCCUACCCAAAUGACUUAUCUUUCUUCAAAAUUCUAUGUCAGUAUUAAAUUUGUGUGCAAAUGUUAAAUGCACCUGUUUAAUCAUUCGAGGCAAAAAAAGAAAUAUACAGCACAUUUGAUAAAAACGUUUUUUACAUCGUUAAACAAACAUCAUAAUCAACCUAAGAACAUACUAUGAAGCAACAACUAUUACUUUUCAUGCACACAGCAUUGGGAAUAUUUUUAACUGUUGAUUUUGCACAUUUUAAGGAGUGUGUUAUAUUCUGUCUCGGAAAUGAUUGCAAUGUUUGUACUGUAUGUUGUUGAUUUUUUUUAACACAACAUUUCCCUAAUGACACAACCUGUACUGUGUCUUGAUCUUAUCUUGUCCUUUCUACAGUGUAUUCUUCAUGUAAUGUGUACGAUAGGCUAGUAUAAUAGGCCAAAUAGUAAAGGUAAACAGAUAAUCAUUUAUUCAAAAUAGAAAGUGUCUAGCUUUUCUUUUUUGGACCUGGAGAUGGUCUUCUGUUGAAUAUUUUGUAGACUAUUUGAUUGCAUGCAAUACCAGCCACAAGCAUGUUGAACAUACAGCAGGGUGAAUCCAGCUAAAGUGCAGCACUGGGGAGAGAUGUUGAAGCGAAGUGUCUGUGGGACAUUAAAGAUGGUGUAAGUUCCCCAAAAAAUCUCAAAUUUAUAAGAAGGUGACUGUUGAACUGUCAUACUAUCCAGAUUUAAGUCAUGUUGCAAGUCAUUUGGCUUUGGAUCUUAUUUGUACAACAUUAAAGCACAUAACAGAAAUAAUGUAUUUUCUCUGGUCUAUAUGUUCUCUGAGGUUGCCUGAUCACAAAUCAGAAGAAUGCAAACUGAAACAUGAGUUGUUAUCACUUAAUUUGUUAUAUUAUAUCUAGUUUUUUGGUCACAUGCGUCUAAUGAUUUCUAACAAAACAAUAUCAAAUCCAGAACUGACUAUGGACAAAGGUAUGGAAAUGACAUGUAAUCAGAAACUUUGAAAUGUCAGAUGUCAAUCCAUGGUAAACAAAAUCUCAUCACUUUAGACCAAUCAGAACUCAUUCCAUGGCAUUAUUUCCUCAUCAUACUGUAUUUAGUUGUGUGGGUUAAAUGGCAAAAUCUUCUUCAACAUUAUUUAAAAGAAAUGGCUAAAGAAAUAGACAUUUUUCUUACAACACACUGUCCCAGUUUAGUAUCCAGAAUGGCCUGUUUGUUUCGAUAUAUACUCUAUCAUGCACUUCUGUUGCACAAAAAAAGCUCCCCUUUAUCUGAAUUCACCCUGCAUGGCUCAACUCUUUUCUUCUUUUGUUCUGUUAUAAUAAUGGUCAAGUCUGUUUUGGACUCAUAGAAAAGACUUGACCGUUGAAGACUUGGAUGCCAGUUUAUGUUCAAUUCAUUCUCAUUUUUAUUUAUGAAUCUCAUUUUUAGCUUUGUCAGGUUAGCAGUCUUCUGAGUGAUAGUGUGGAGUCUGUUCACCACAAAACACAUUAUCCUUUAUUUUUUUUCUUCAGCUUGCAGCGUGCACACCUCGAGGUAUUAACAAGGUUGUUUGUCGGAGAUUUUCUUUGUUAGCACAGUUUAACUAGAUAACUGGAUACAAGGGCAUUUAUUCAUGUUAAUGCAUUUUAAUAUUACAUGAUUUCACGAACAAUCACGUGCAUGUAGAUGUGUGGUUUUAUGCACUGUACACUGUACUCACCUAACAGUUUCAGUAGACUUUCGCUAGAGUUAGAAGAGUCUGUCGGAUGGAUACUUUCUGAUUUCAUCUUCCUCUCAUCCUUUUAAACUAAUGGACUGAAUUCAAAUACUGAAUUGAGAUGUAUAGAUUUGUUACUGCAGAUUCAGUGUAUGAAUGUUGGGACACUGAAACCCACCACAAGCCAAAUGUUUAUUUAGUCGAAUUUUAGUCUCACAGCUUUAAUGUUUUUCUUUCCAGAUUUUUUUUUUUUAUAAACUUGUUUUCUGAAAUAUUCAGGCUUUUAACUUCUUCUCUAUAAGGUUAACGUCACUCAAUAAAUGGUUAUGAAAAAAU